AUGAAGAGAUUCGUGUUCAAGGGAUACAAUGACGAUGAUGACAAUGGAGUUACUCAAACGGAGAUUGAUUUAACAACACCACCGGUUGUGGCAGUGUCAAUGUAUCAAGAUCAUCACCAUUUACUUUUAAAGGACAACAAUGCUACCAACAACAACAACAACAACAACAACGAUUGUACAGUCAAUCCAACAAUACAGAGAAUACAAAGAUUAAAAGAAUCUCUGUUAAAGUCUCAACAACAAGCUUCCAAGGAGGAGGAUGUGAAAAAGAAGAAGAGUAAACAAAUCAGUAACAGUAACUUGGAGCAAGAGAACGAAUUGAAACAAAAAGAUGAUGAUGAUAAAGGUGACAAUCACAACCAUAUUAAUAAUACCAAUACCUCAUCUUCCUCUUCAUCAUUUUAUUGUGAAUAUUGUGAAAGAGAGAUAAUGGAUUGUAAAGUCAAAUACCAUAAUACUACAACAGCUCAUUUAUUGGCAAUGAAAACAAUACAAAGCAAGAAACAUUACCAUCUUCCUCCAACCAACCGUGGCUACAUGAUGAUGAAAGAACAUAUGGGAUGGGAAGAGGAAAUUGGUCUUGGGGCCAAUGGACAAGGGCAAUUGGACCCUGUCAAGACUAGACAAUUGGCAGGUAGAGGUGGAAUUGGUAAUCCUAAAUUUAAAGAUGACCAUCGAAACCAACCCAAACAACCUAUUGAUAGAAUAGUACCAAGGAACAAGAAAAAUAAUAGAAACAAAUUGAAAAUUGAACAACAUAAAAGAGAAAGAUUAAAGGAAUUGUUUGUUCAACAGAUAGAGAAAGAGAUGGCUACUACAAAGUAUCUCUUAUCUUCUUCUUUGACAAGAUUGAAUAGUAUACUACCUGUUGGAGCAAGUAGUGGUAUAGGAAAGAUAGCAGCACUUGCAUUCAAACCAACUACAUUAACACCACCAUCAUCAUCAUCGUUGUUUAGAUCAUCAUCAUCAGUGUCAUCAUCAUACUAUAAAAACAAUUCAUUGUGGUCAAGUGUACAACAACAACAACAACAAUCGACAUCAUCAUUGCUAAAGAGGGAUAUCUCUACAUCGACUAGAAGUAGUUCCUAUGCACCUCCACUAUGGGAGAAGCCUGCUGAACAACAGAAAUUAAAUACUGUCACCACUCCAAGUGAAGAGGAACCAAAAGAAUAUAAAGAAGGAAUAUUAUGGAUUAAUAAUUUAUACCCAAUCAAGAUUAGUAGACUUGAUUUUAGAUCAUUACUAUUUCACAUUCCAAUCACUGAACGAUUGAAAGCAAUCUUUCCAAAGGACGUGGAGAUUUUAUCGAUUGAAAAGAGAUUCAAAGAGGGUGGUGCAUACGUCUACUUUAGAUCAUCGAGUAAGGAAGAGUCUGUGGAGGAUAUUGCCAAUAGAAUCGAAGAAUUAUUUAAUGCACACAAGAAACAUUUCCAUUUCUCUGGUGCACAUGCCCGCAGUACAUUGGUCAAGGGUAAACCAUUUGUAGACGAUAUUGAUGUUCGUCUUCCAUCAUACACACUUAAAUUAACAUUUAAAGGUGCUGAAUUACAAAUUGACGAUGUUUUUAGAUUAUUACGUCCAUAUGGUCAUAUUAGACAUAUGUAUAUCCCUGAUAAUAUUCCAAAAGAUCAACCAAAAUAUGCAAUUAUAACAUUUAGAAGAAUGGAAGGAGCUAUUGCAGCAAGAAAUUGUUUACAUAAUGAAUAUUUACCAGAGUUUGGAACUACUUUGUAUUUUGACUACGAGUUGAUGAUGAGAAUCAACAAAUUAAAAGAUCAAUUCUCAAAACAUCCAAAGAUUAUGAUCCCAUUAGCAGGUAUUUUAGCAACAUUAUUAACUAUAUUAUUAUUUAAUCCAUUGAGAGAAUAUUUUAUGGAUCGGGAAUUGGACAAGAUAUUGACAUUUGAAGAUAUAGAUGAUGAUUGGCAAACGAGAAUCGAAGAAAAGAUGUUGAAUUCACAUUUUAAUUAUCGUCCCAAUUCCAUUAUUAUGAUCUCUGCUCCAAAGGGAUCUGGAAAGUCUAGUCUUAUUGACAAGAUUAUCGAAGGACGUCCUAAUACAUUAUUGGUCGAUUGCACACAAGAGGUCAAUGCCAACGACGAAGAGUUUAUCGAGAAUCUUAGUAAAGCUAUUGGAUUCUUCCCAUCGUUUGGUGUGUAUGGUAGUCUACUUGGAUGGGUUGAUAUGAUCAUCCCCACUGGAAAGGGUAUCUUUCACUCAUCUACCAACAAUCAACUUCAAACUAUUUUCAAGUUGCUCGACAAUGUCUUGGAACGUCGUGCCGACAAGGAAUUCCCAGUCGAUCAACACCAACCCUACCCAUACCCAUUGAUUGUCAUUGACGGUUUCUUUGGUAUGAUUGCUGCCAUGGAAAACAAGGAAAAGGCAAAUCUUAUUCAAGACUCUAUCAUUCAAUGGGCAAUUACCUCUACCAUUAAAGGAAAUGCUCAUGUAGUAUUUAUUAGUUCUGAUCCAUUUGCUGGUGAUACAAUUAAGAAACAUUUAACAAAUAGAGGUGGAGGUAUUGUAAAUACAAUUCAUUUGGGUGAUGUUCCACCCGUUUCAGCACAGGAAUAUAUAAGAAAUAAAUUGGGCAAGUCAUUAUCAAACGAUGACUUUGAAAACAUUGCAAGUUUGUUGGGUGGUCGUUACUCGGAUCUCAACAUGUUGGCACAAAAGGUCAUGUCUGGUGAUUCCGUUCCAAUGGCACUCAAUGGAAUGGUCAACAAGGCUGUUGGAGAAAUCAGAGCAGAUGGUUUUGGUCUUUCCAAACGUAGUGAUUCAAAAAAAGAUAAAGAAAGCAUGAAAUGGACUAGACCUCAAAUUUGGGAGACUAUAAAAAGAAUUGCAGAAUCAAAUUAUGUAUCAUAUGAUGAUUUAUUAUUUAGUGUAUUUAUAGGUGACGAGACAUCGUUGAAUAAUUUAAUUUUAAGUGGGUUGCUUAGAUUCCAGUCCAUCAACAAUGAGCGUAUGGUCACUGCCUAUUCACCACUCUACCGUUCGGCGUUCAAGGCAAUGGUAGAUGAUCUCGAAUUCUGUGUUGGUAUGGACAUUUUUGCACAAAAGUCGAGAAUUGAAGAAGAGUUGAACAAGUUGAGCAAGGUCGAAGACGAACUCCUCAAACUCAAGAAUCUCUCUGCCAACGAAUGGUUUGAAAGUGCUGCUUUUAAAAAGAGAAGAGUCUUGCUUGAAGACAAGAUGAAAGAACAUGUAUCAAAGAUUGACACUCGUGAAAAGAUCCUAAAGACCCAUUUGGAUUUCCAAAAGUUUAUUCAACAAUCAAGAAAAGACAAUGAAUACAAACUCAAAAUGAGAAAACAAGAAGAAGAAGCUGUCAGAAGAUCUAUUCACCAAGAACAACAACAUCAACAACAAUAUGAACAACAACAAUCAGAAACUUUAACAAAAUAA